AUGCACCCUUUGUACAUGAGAUCCCUGGUCUACCUGGUGUUCCUGGUCUACCUGGUCUACCUGGUUAGUGCUGACAGGUGGUUGGGAUCCUGGAGAUCAACCGCUGUCCAGACGGUUACUCUGCGGGUGGAUGGAGGCACAGCUGAAGCAGUUGUUUUUCUUCCUGCAGUUCAGACUCUUCAGACCAAGUCGGUGCCGUUCUUUGAUGCAGGUCUUCAUCCUCUCAUCAGAACCUCGUAUUUUGCAGCCUCCUCCGCCUCCUUGGUGGUUCCGGUCCCGGGAACAUUUUCAUGGCCCCUGGCCCCCCGGGGGAAGCCCAGGAGGGGCAUGCUGCGGCGGGCCGUGUUCUCGGACCUGCAGAGGAAGGUCCUGGAGAGAACCUUCCAGAAGCAGAAGUACAUCAGCAAACCGGACCGGAAGAAACUGGCCGGGAAACUGGGCCUGAAAGACUCACAGGUGAAGAUCUGGUUCCAGAACCGCAGGAUGAAGUGGAGGAACUCCAAAGAGCGAGAGCUGCUGUCGACGGGGGGCUGCCGGCAACAGACCCUCCCCACCAGAACCAACCCCCACCCGGACCUGACCGACGUGGGCAGCACCUUCUACCAGCUGGACCGGGCCACAGUGGAGCCACAUCUUCACCACCACCAUCAUCAUCAUCAGAACCCCUCCUCUCCUUCAGAGUCCAGCAAACAGUCGGAGCUGUCCGAGUCCGAGGGCGAAGAAAUCAGCGUGUCGUGAAGAACUGACCCUGGAGAGGAGGAGCCGA